GCCAACAAAACCCAACCAUCAAUAGUUAACGUGCCAGAACCCACGGCCCCUCUUUCGCUAUCAACACCUCGAGUUGGCGAGUUUCUGGCGUAGAAGAGUACCUUACCAUUGACUAAUCCAAUGGCCCGAUUGCUGAGCGCCAAUGCGACUUUAAUGGGGCGUCUCUCUUCCUACACCGUCAUCAAGGAACUGCACAAAGCCGCCGACGAAGGCGCUAUGUACCUUGCUAGGAACCAACGCGAUGAGAAAUGCAUCGUCAAGAGCAUUCGGGGACACUGGCGGCUGCAAAAUGAAGCCGAGAUCGCCAAGCGCUACCAAUCUCAAACUCCGUUCCUUCGCCCCUUGAUUGACGAAAUCCAAGAGCCGGCCGACCCGCCCUCCAUCGUCCUCGGGUACCUAGACAGCGAUAUGCUCACAGAGUCGAACAAGAAAAGGCUAUCGCGUCCCGAGAUCAAACAGGUAGCUAGAUGUAUUCUCGAAGCCCUUCGUGUUUUCCACAAGGAUGGCAUGGUUCAUACCGAUGUCAAGUUGGACAACAUAUUUGUCAACCACGGCCAAGGCGACAACCGCUUCUCCGACAUGGAACUGGGCGACUGCGGCGGUGUGGUAUCUCAGGAGUCCAAAUUUGCAAAAGAAGGCCACAUCAUCGGCGCCGCUUUCACUCGCAGUCCCGAAGCCACGUUCCAACUGCCCUGGAACACCGCCACAGACAUUUGGUCAUUCGGCAACGCUAUCCUCAGCCUCCUAUUCGGCGGCAACUACCACCUCUUCAACCCCCAAAUCGACCGCGUCCCACCGGGACACGACGCUUACGAGUUUACCGUUCUGAAGCGGAUGCACCGGUUCUUUGGGCCGUAUCCACAAUCCUACGAGACCUUCAAUGACCCGGACACCAUUACGAUCAUCAACUUCAUCAAUCACCAAGAGCCUCCGGCAAAGCCAUUUACCAGGGUAACCACGCGGCAAAUCCCCCUGGCAGAUAAGGAGUUCCUCCUAAAAAUCAUGAAACUGGAUCCCCGCGACAGGCCGACUGCGGGAGAGCUACUUGCGGAUGAGUGGUUCACGGAGGAAUCGCAGGAUACGCGAGACCCGCUUCCAGGAGAGGUCAAACAGGACGUCGGACCCGGACAUGCCGGGACCUAGGCCAAACCGAGGCACGGCAGGCACUAGUUGGAGAUGAUGAAAUUGCAUGCAUGUCAUGUAUGUAUGUACAAGGCCGUCGGGUAGCAACAACAACCUCCGAGAGUCCAC